UUUGUAUGCAGAAAUCUACACAAGUUUUCUUUUUGCAGAUGAAAAUUUUCAUGUGAAGAUUUUCGUUCAACGUUUAAUUACUAUUAAAAUAUUAAAUAAUUCAUAAAUGGCAUAUGAAAAAUACUUAUUUAAGUCUAACUAUUAAUUGUGAAUAGUGAAAAAUUAAAAAUACUUGAGUUAACACGUAUAAAAACUGUUUUUUCCAAAAGCAGCUAAGAGGAAAAGUGGAAUUAAUUAUAACAGGGCACCGGUGAGGUGUGCUCACGCAGAAGAAGAACUUUGAAAGAAAAAAAAAUUGGCUAGCGUGUGUAUGUGUUAAAAACUAUUGUAAAAGAAAAGGAGGGAAGUGAAAAAAUUGUUAGAUACUUUUAUGUUCAUUGGGCUACAAUUUGGUUUUAAAAAACUUAUAGGCGAGCUUUAAACAAUUGUUAGCAAAUAUGGCUGACGGCGUGGUGUUAGAUCUCUACGCCGAAGAUUUGGAUAAAGAUUUUUCUGCCCAAAAUCAGGAUGAAUUUGCUGCCGAGGGUGUAGAUUUGUAUGAUGAUAUAGGCGCUCCGCCGGAAACAACAACUGGCACUGCAGCCGUAACUGUUGGUGGUGAAAGUCCCAGCCAGGCUGGUAGUGUUGCUGAUGAGGCCGGUACGGCCGGCUCAAAUGGAGUUUACCAUCAAGGCAGUGGUAGUUUGGCUCCUAAUCAAGUGGGACGUCGUUUUCAACUUUAUGUUGGCAAUUUAACAUGGUGGAGCACCGAUCAAGACAUUGCAAAUGUUAUGCGUGAUAUUGGUGUUACCGAUUUCCAAGAAGUAAAAUUUUUCGAAAAUCGUGCAAAUGGCCAGUCGAAAGGCUUUUGUGUUGUGUCCUUAGGCUCGGAGGCUAGUUUACGUUUGGUUUUAGAACGUUUACCCAAAAAGGAAUUACAUGGCCAGGCGCCAGUUGUUACAUAUCCAACAAAGCAAGCCUUAAAUCAAUUUGAGAGUCUACAAAAAACAAGACCCGUACCUCCACCACAACAAAAUGGACCACCACGUGGUCCAACACCCGGCGGUCCACUAAUGCCCGGAGGUCCCAUGCCACCACAUCCUGGAGCACCUCAAGGCGUACCACCUGGCCACCAGCCACGUUUAAUGAACCCGAGUAUGCCACCAGGACAAUUUCGACCACAGCAUAUGCCUCCCUUGGGACCACCAGUUGGUCCAAAUUCUGGAUCAUCUCGCAUGCAGCAACCACCAAUGCACCAAGGACCACCAAUGGUACCGCAACAAGGUAUGCAAGGUCCUCCACGCUUUGGUCAGCAACAACCGCAAUGGCCUGGACAACCACGGCCUAAUGGACCAAGACCGGGACCAUUAAAUGGACCACCACAACGGCCACAAAUGUUCCAGGGACCACCAGGUGGUAUGCCCAUGCGUGGCCCACGUCCCGAUUGGAGGCCACCUAUGCAUGGUGGCUUUCCACCUCAAGGUCCACCCGGUGGCCCACCACAGGGACCACCCCAUAUGCAAGGACCUCCUAGAGGUCCUCCAGGUGGUCCACCUCAAAUGGGUGGUCCAGGUGGCCCGCCUCCUGGUGGACCUCAUGGCGGACCAGGCGGUCCUGCUCCUCAUGUCAAUCCAGCUUUCUUCAAUCAACCGGGUGGAGGACCACCACAACAUCCGGGUGGACCUCCAAUGGCAGGUGGUCCGCCACAUGGACCUCCCGGUCCAGGUCCUCAGCAAGGUAUGAAUAUGCCACCACAACAUGGCCCACCACCUCACUUCGCCCAGCAAGGAGCACCACGUGGUCCUUGGCCGGGGCCGCCAGGUCCUGUUAAACCUCAAGGUCCUUUCCCCGAUCAAGCCGCCCUAGGGCCACAACUGAGCGAAGCUGAAUUUGAAGAAAUCAUGGGUCGUAAUCGCACUGUUAGCAGUUCGGCCAUUGCUCGUGCCGUUUCUGAUGCGGCCGCCGGCGAAUAUUCCAGUGCUAUUGAAACUUUAGUUACAGCAAUCUCACUGAUUAAACAAUCGAAAGUGGCACAUGAUGAACGUUGCAAGAUUUUAAUAAGUUCUCUACAGGAUACUUUGCAUGGCAUUGAAACAAAGAGUUACAACAGACGGGAACGUUCUCGAUCCCGCGAACGAUCUCAUCGCCAAAGACCGCGACGCGAGAGAUCAUCAUCAAGAUAUCGUGAAAGAUCAAGAGAAAGAGAACGUGACCGUGAAAGAGAUCGUGAUCGGGAUGCCGGUUAUCGUGAACGUAGCAGAAGUCGUGAACGUGAACGUCCUAGCACUAAUGAUCACUACAGAGAUGACAGCUCCAGCCGAUCUGCUCGUGCACGCAAAUCACCCGAACAACCGAGUGGAGAUCCCAGUAAUGAGGCACCCUCAAAACGAGGUUACUACGAAGAACGUUACCGAGGUUCAGAUCGUGAGAGAGAACGUGACCGUGAUCGUGAUCGCGAGCGUGAUCGUGACCGUGAUCGCGAGCGUGAACGUGAUAGAGAACAUCGUUCAAGGCAUUAGAAAAAAUAUGCAACAAGACACACAAACAACAAUAAAAUUCUUAGAUGUAACAUAAAUAUUCUUCAUUCACCAACAACACUAUAUGAAAGGGAAAUUAACAAAAACAACAACAAACCAGUCAUUUCAAUUCGUUUUAUUUAAUGUAUAAUUGAAAUUAUUAUUAAUAUUACAUAAUUAAUACUACAUAUACAUACAAAAACAGUCAAACGAAGAUUAGAAUUUAAAAAAAAAUUAUAAUGAUUGGAUAGCUAACAUCAACAACUGAAAUGUUGAGAAAAGCUUAAUUUAUAAUAAAAUUUGUAAAAUGUUUUCAAUAAUAACAAUAAUAAAUAAUAAUUCAACUGGACGUAGAGAACAGGAUACAAUUUAUAACAACAAAUGUCUACACAACAACAAGAGCAUACAUACAUGGUCUUCACAAUAUUUAAAACAAUAAUAACACAAAAAAAACUACAAAUCUGGCCUUUUGUAAUGGAUUAAUAUUGUUGGAGACUAUUACGACGGCUUAUUCUUAUUUCUUCUCAUUAUUAUUAUUACUAUCUACAUAUAAACACACACACCUAGUUUGUAAAUUGAUAUUUCAGUUUAUUAAUAAAACAAAAAGAAAAUAUA